AUGGAUGUAACCGGCUUGCGGGACCGCAUCCAGGCGACACUCGACCAGAACGCCGCCAUCAGACAGCAGGCCGAGCUUGACCUGAAGCAUGCCGAAGAGCAGGUGGGCUUCACAGACGGCCUGUUGAAUAUCCUCGAGCAAGAGCAAAACCCUGCCGUGCGGUUGUCGACCGUCGUCUACCUCAAGAACCGCGUCUCCAAGGGCUGGUCGCCCGCCGAAGAGUACAGCCAGGCCAGGCCCAUACCAGAGGACGAGAAGACGUCUUUCCGCAACCGCCUCGUGCCCGUCCUUGUCGCCUCGCCGCCGCCAGUGCGCGUGCAGCUCAUCCCCACCCUCCAGAAGAUCCUCGCAUACGACUUCCCGCAAAAGUGGCCGAACUUCCUCGACAUCACAAUACAGCUCCUGAACGCCGGAGAUAUCGCAUCGGUAUUUGCAGGUGUGCAGUGCUUGCUGGCAAUAUGCAAAAUAUACAGGUUCAAGUCGGGGGAGAACCGCGCCGACUUUGACAAAAUCGUUGCCCUGUCUUUCCCACAGCUGCUCAACAUCGGUAACUCGCUGGCGAACGAGACGAGCUUGGAGGCGGGAGAAAUACUUCGCACAGUCCUGAAGGUGUACAAGCACGCCAUCUACUUCGACCUCCCCGCUUCCCUUCGCGAGCAGCAGACCAUGGUCGGCUGGUGUACUCUGUUCUUGACUGUAGUCGGCAAGGAACCGCCAGAGACAUCUCUACCCGAAGAUCUGGACGAACGCGAAAUAAACCACUGGUGGAAGGCAAAGAAGUGGUCAUACGCCAAUUUGAACCGGCUAUUCGUCAGGUACGGCAAUCCAUCGACCUUGGGCAAGAGCAAUGAGAUCGACUACACAGAUGUUGCCAAGAACUUCAUCGCCAAUUUUGCGCCCGAGAUCCUAAAGGUCUACCUCCAGCAGGUGGAAAAGUGGGUAGGCAAGCAAGUGUGGCUGUCCAAGGCCAGCUUGUACUACACUCUCAACUUCCUCGACGAGUGCAUCAAGCCCAAGUCCAUGUGGACUUUGCUCAAGCCACACACGGAUAACCUCAUUGCGCAUCUUAUCUUCCCUGUGCUAUGCCAGUCAGACGAUGAUAUUGAGCUUUUUAACGAGGAGCCGCAAGAGUACCUGCACCGGAAACUGAACUUCUACGAGGAUGUGACGGCACCCGAUGUCGCCGCGACAAAUUUCCUCGUAACCCUCACCAAGAGUCGCCGGAAGCAUACCUUCAGCGUACUGAACUUUGUCAACGAGAUGGUGAACAAGUAUGAAGCCGCGCCAGACAACGAGAAGAAUCCAAGAGAGAAAGAAGGUGCACUGCGCAUGAUUGGAACACUUUCUGGCGUUAUUCUGGGGAAGAAGAGCCCGAUUGCAGACCAGGUCGAAUACUUCUUUGUGCGCCACGUCUUCCCUGAGUUCCGUAGCCCUCAUGGCUUCCUCCGCGCACGCGCAUGCGAUACUCUGGAGAAGUUUGAACAGCUCGAUUUCAAGGACCCGAACAACCUUAUCAUCAUCUACCGCAACAUUCUGGAGUCGAUGGCUGACCCCACCCUCCCAGUCCGCGUCGCUGCAGCCCUAGCACUCCAACCCCUCAUCCGUCAUGAUAUUAUUCGAACUAACAUGAAACAAAACAUUCCUCAAGUCAUGCAACAGCUUUUGAAACUAGCCAACGAGGUGGACGUAGAUGCUCUUUCCAACGUCAUGGAGGAUUUCGUCGAGAUCUUUGCACCAGAACUGACUCCUUUCGCGGUUGCGCUCAGUGAGCAGCUCCGCGAUACAUACUUGCGCAUUGUUCGCGAACUCGUGUCUAGGAACCAAGAGAAGGGCGAGGACAGCGAGUAUGGGGAUUUCCUGGAUGAGAAGAGUAUCACUGCGCUUGGUGUACUCCAGACGAUUGGUACCCUCAUUCUUACGCUCGAGAGCACGCCCGACGUUCUACUACAUCUGGAGACUAUUCUCAUGCCUGUGAUAACCAUAACACUUGAGAACAAGCUUUAUGAUUUGUACAACGAAGUAUUCGAGAUUAUCGACAGCUGCACGUUUGCCGCUAAAAGCAUUUCACCUACCAUGUGGCAAGCAUUUGAGCUGAUACAUCGGACAUUUAAGGCUGGCGCUGAGCUGUAUCUUGAAGAUAUGCUGCCCGCUUUGGAGAAUUUUGUAAACUACGGAACCCCAGCACUGAUUCAAACCCGCCCAUAUCUCGAUGCCAUCGUCGACAUGGUACGAACAAUCUUCAAAGAUGACAAGGUCGGAGGCGUAGACCGCAUCUGCGGUUGCAAGUUGGCUGAGAUCAUUAUGCUCAACAUGCGGGGUCAUGUCGAUGACUACAUGCCGGAGUUUAUCGCACUGACCAUGCAGGUCCUCACUAACGACGAGCCAAAGGUCAAGUCUUUGAGGAUACACCUGAUGGAGGUGCUCAUCAACUCUAUUUACUACAACCCUGCAUUGGCACUCCAUGUGCUCGAGACCAACGGCUGGACAAAUAAGUUCUUCAGUUUGUGGUUCUCCAGCAUCGACAACUUCACCCGAGUACAUGACAAGAAGCUGUGCAUCUCAGCUAUUUGUGCACUCCUGACGCUGAGGGCCCAGGAUGUACCAAUCAGUGUUCAGCAAGGCUGGCCGCGACUGCUCCAGGGUAUUGUGCGGCUAUUCCAAACACUUCCUGCUGCGCUGAAGAAUCGUGAGGACGCCAAGAGGGAAGACAAUUUUGCCGAGUUUGCCAGUGAAGAAUACGAGGAAGAGGAGGACGACGAGUGGGAGCAGGAAGCUGACUGGAACAACGAGGCUGAUGAAGCAGAGGACAUCAAGGACGAAAGCGCUGCAUAUCUCGAGUUCCUCAACGAAGAAGCCCAGAAAUUCACGUCUGUUGAUGACGACGAAGAUGAUGAGCUUGAAGAGGAGAGUCUACUCGAGACGCCACUCGACAAAGUUGAGCCAUACGGCAUGUUCAAACACGCGUUGCUCCGUCUUCAACAAGAGCAGCCUGCCCUCUACGAAAACCUUACAAAGAACCUCAACCCUGAGGAACAACAAAUCGUCCAAGGCGCCGUCCACCAAGCUGACCUCGUUGCCCAAGCUCAAGCUGACGCCGCUGCCGCCGUUGCAAACGGAGCUCCGCUACCCCAGGCGUAG